AUGAAGAACAAAAAGGAGGAGGAAGAUGUUGUGUCUGGGACAUUCACAUGGGUCAUCGACAACUUCUCCAAGCUCAAGACCGACAAACAUUACUCUGACGUUUUCACCAUCGGUGGCUUCAAAUGGCGGAUCCUUAUACGUCCAAAGGGAUCACACGACCCUGAAUCUGAUGUCGUAGACCAGUUGUCCACGUAUUUGGGUGUUGCAGAUGCUUCAACACUGACACCGGGGUGGGCUAGAUAUACACACUUUAGCUUCACCCUGGUUAAUCAACUUGACAGCAGCAAGUCAAAAAUAAAGCAGACACAGGGCAUUGCGAAAGAGUUCAAAGAAGAAAGGAGGGAGUGGGGCUACAAAUCAUUCAUGCCUCUUUGCGAGCUUUAUGACUGCAGUGCAGGUUAUCUGGUGAAUGAUAUAUGUAUUAUUGAAGCCAAGGUUGAGGUCUUUGUUAACAUUGGAGAGCAAGGAAGUAAUGUUUAUGCAACUUUGGAGUCCACAAAGAAAGAACGUAAAGGGCAGGAAUCUUCAAACAUGACUUCUGUGCAAGCUGCAGACUCUUCACCAGCACCUAAGACACCAUCUUUUGAACGGAAGCCUCCUUUCCUGGGUACACCUAGUUCUGAAAAAGUUUGCAAUGAGCUGACCGGUGAGCUUAUGGAAUUUAUGGGUUUAGGAAAAAUAGAGAAAGCUUUUGUUCCAAUGCUGGAGGAAGUUUGUUCGUUGCAUCCUUCGUUGAUCGAGUGUCUACAUAAGAGAAAUCGUAAAGUUAGUGAAUGUGCAUUCACAGCUUUGGGGGAACUCUUGCAUUUUCUGAAGACUACAAGGGUGAAGGAUAUGACUGAGGACGCCUGCGUGCGCCUUCAAAGUUUAUGGGAGGAUGUUGAGAUGUUCAGGUUUGACUUGGCGUGGCUGGAGCCUCAUGUUCACUCUGCUUUGGAUAAGAAGAAGUUCCUGGAAAGGGCAAGGAGAGUGAAAAGACUGAGAGAAGAUGUGGAUAUUUUGGAUAGUGAGAAGAAGAGGCGGAGUACUGCUCUAGCUGUUACAGAGGCAGAUCUUGAGGUGGCAAAGAGAGACUUGGCUAAGGAGGAAGAGGGCUUUGUGGAGACAGAUAUGGAUAGAGAGCUAGGUUACGGGAUGCCUUCGCCUUAA